AUAAACUUUUACGAAAUAAGAUCAUAAAUUUAUAAACAUUUAUUUUGAUCAUAAAAUUUUGCAGAUUUCAACAAUAUGUCAUUCAAUCCAGAAAAUUUCUUUCUCAAGCGAAUCGGCAACUGUGAUUUUAAAGUCCAUUACAAAAACUACACUUUUUUGAAAGCGGAAACAAAGUUUGGUCGUGGAAAGGAUUGUGAUGUCGUGCUUAAAAAUAUGCGAUGCUCCCUUAAUCAUUGCAAAAUCACAUUUGAAAAUGGAAAAUUAUUUAUUGAAGAUUCUUCGUCAGCUGGAACAUUUGUGAAUAAUGAGAAAAUACGCAACAAAAAAGUUGAACUUUUUGACGGCACAAUAGUCGGAAUGGGAGCCGAUCCAAGUCGACAAGAUCAUGUUGAUAAAACCAACUUUUACAUUUAUAAAGUUCAAAAAGUAGAGCCACCUAUAAAUCUAGAUUCAAGUGACGAUGAGGCUGAAGAUGCUGAAAAAAUCCCAAUAUCAAGUUCGAAUUCAAAAACUGAUGAAAAUCUAAAUGUAGAAAAUAUCAAUCAAAUUAGAAGUAAUCAAGUGGCAGCUCCAAAAAAAAUGACUGAAAUUAAAACCAUAAAAGUUGGUGACAUAAAAGAAUCAAAUGAAACAAUUUGCUUGGAAAAUGAUGAAAAUUCGGAAGAUUUAACGCAAAAAAUUCACGAACAUUUGACAGCUAAUGAAAGACUAAAAUUAGAAGCUCUAGAUUCAAGUUCCAAAUUAAUUGAAAAUGAUUGUCAAGGACCAAGCCAAACUCAUAUAAAAAUAGAGGCAGACAUAGAAAUGUCAACUCAAAAACUUAUGAGACUCAAUAAUAUAUUCAGUGCCAAGAGUCAGGAAACCAAUCAUGAAAAGCCACAGGCUAAACCUUAUUCAGCAGAUUUAAAUUCUUCAGACAAUAAUACUAAAGAAAUAAGUCCAUCAAGCGGUUCAAAUGUAUCAGCAGCAUCAACAGUUGUGGUCUCGUCUGCUGGUUUACAACCUGAAUGGAUAAGUUCUGCAUUUAUAGACACUUCAAGGUCAGCAUUGGAUUUGAUACCCGAAGAGAAUUCGCAGACUCCUCCUGAACCUCCAAUUUUUGCACCAGGACUCUCAAAUUUCCAACUUUUUCCUACUCACUUAACUGAGGUUACCUCCUUCAAAACAUUAGCACAAGCAUCAGAUAGACAGGAAAACCAACCAAUCCAACCAUUGAGUAUAUCAGAAAAUCCAAAUUACCUUCCAAGUCCAUCUCAAUUAUCAGAAACUUCUACAACUGUGGCACCAUCUCCUUCAACAUCUGGAAUGAAAUUUUCAAAUUUGGCAUUGAGAAAGAAAAAACAGCCAUCCACAUCGAGUUCAACAACUUCCGCACCAACAUUUUUAAAUUAUUCUCCAAUUUCAUCAGCUUCAAACAUAAGUUCAGCUACAUUAUCAACAAUUUCGUCCCAUAAGCUUCAAACCUUUUCAAGAUCGUCUUCAACUGAUUCAUCAACUUCAAAUCCAAUUUCAGAAGAACAAUCAAAAAUAAUAACGCCAGAUGAAAUUAAAUCUAAAACUAUUUUUUUAAGACAUUAUGGUCAACAAGGCAGUAAAUUAAUUGAUUUACCGGAAAAUCCAAUGAACCAGACAUGUGAUCUUCUAAAUGAAGUUGAAGGUCCAAAAGAAACUUUACCAAUAUUUUGGAAAAGGGGUGUUGCAGUGGUCAAAACUGCGAGAAAACCAAAGAAAAAACGAGGAAGACCGCAAAAAACUUCAGAUAAAUUUUUUGAAAAUUCCAAAGAAACUGAAUCAAAAAUAUUAAAAUUAAAAAAUUCUGACUUAACCUCAAAAACCAGAAAAAACUUAAAAAGUAAAAAUAAGAGCUUAAAGAAUCAAAACGAGGACUUAGAAAAUGGAAAACCAACUUCAGAAGCUCACAUCAAAUCGUCAAAUGCUCCAACUUCAACCAGACUCAAGGCAACAGCCAGAAAGACAACAAAUACUGGAACAAUUGCUGUAAAGAGACCAUUUGCAUACACAAACGACAACAAAUCAAAAUCUGAUGAUUCAGACUCAUCAAAUGAGUAUCAAAGUGCUCAAUCUGAAAAUUCUGAAACCGAAAGCCAAGACGAAAAUAAAAGCAAGAGACAAAAGACAAGCACAGGUCAAAAGGCACCAAACAAAGUGGGAUUGAAGAAACAGGACAACUUAGUAACAAACAAUGCUGAAAGUAAUAAAAUAGUUCAUGUAGAAAAUCCAUUAAAAACCUCCCAAGGUCCAAAUAUUAAUUCAUUAAAUCCAACAUCAAGUAAUUCAAAAAAACUAUUCAAAUUUCCUGAUUCCGAUGAUGACAAUUCAAAGAAUGAGGAAUCAGAGCCUUCAAAAAUUGCACCUAAAUCAGGAACUGUAAGAGCCAGAGUUGGCAAAAUUGUCCAACGUCGUGAGUCUAUAAUUAACCUAAAAAGACCUCUUCUUAAAGGCAAACUAAAUCAAUAUAUUCAGGCACAAAAAAGUCAGGCAUCAACUAUUAAGCGUAUUCUCAACAAAGGCUUGCCAAAUGACAAACGACCGGCUCAACACUUUCAUGAUAAAUUUCCACAUCUCUACCAAGGACUGGAAAGUGAUUCAAAGGCUGAUUCCGGUUCAUCAACAACAAAUACAGCAUCAACAGGAUCAAUUAAAUCAGUUCCAAUGAGACAACGUAGACAGUCAGUAUUUGAAGAACAAGCACAGUUGAUUCCGGAGAAUUUGACACCAAAUGAGAGAAUAAAUGCCAUAAGAAGAUGGCAUCAGAAUACGACAAAGUUGAUUGAUAUUCCAGCAGAGCAUCCGAAUAAGAAAAAAAGGGGAAGACCUUCGAAAUUAAAUGAAGAUGAUAAGAUUAAAAUGUUGAUUGAGAGAAGUAAGGCAAAUGAUGAAAAGAAAUGACCAAUCAUUAAAAGUUUGGCAAGAAAUGAACGUUAUUACAAUGAGAAAUAUAAUUUUUUAGGCAGCUUUACAGCUUUUUUGAGUAAAUUCAAAAACUAAAGACUUAAUUUUAUAAACUGCAGACAAUAAAUUUUUGAUAAGAUUUUAUUAAACUUAAUAAAAUAAAAUAUUCCUGAAUGGUACAAGUCGGUUACUCGAUCAGAAAUCUUAGAUUUAAAUCGAACCCAGCAUAAUGUCAGAGUCAUGCUAGCUUGGUGCCAGAUUUCUAUUUAAUUAACCGACUUGUGCUCUUCGGGAUUAACUUAAUAGUAUCUAUGUUUCAAAAAGAAUCUCUAUGUUUUACAUGUAAAUUUGAAGGCGUGGAAACUAUCCAAAAUAUAACAUUUGUUCCAAAUAUCCUAAAUAAUCCAUGAGCCUGUAUUUUUUUUUUCAUUUUAAUUGCACUUUAUUGCAUUUAUUGACGACAUACUGUCCGGUAUAAUUCACAUUUUACACUUUUGUAUUUGUAUACAUAUGAAUUAAUGUUAUGUAGGAUCAAAUUUCUAAUCUUCAUAUCUAGGUUUCAAAUAAACUAAGGCUCUCGUUUCGAUCUUCUGUGGGCGUGACGUGAUACUUUUCAGGUCCGUUCUAACAAUAUUCCAUUCGUGGGUAAUCUUGUAGCUUUCGUUCCUAUUUCUCCCGCUAUACUUCAAGUUCAUGACCCGUUCCUUAAUCCAACGUUGCCCAAUCAUGGCUUGAUCUCCUACAUUAAGCAGUCGAAGUAUCUAAACUUCCGAAAAAGAACAAAUUUGAAAAUGGCUGGAUUCGAACCGACGACCUUUGAGUUACCAUCCCAAAUUUGAGCCAAGCGCCUUACCUAUUUGACCAGCAAGGCACUUAACUGCUU